AUGCCAUUUAUAUCAAAAGAUUGGCGUUCUCCUGGGGAAGAAUGGGUUAAAACCCGAGAAGGUUGGGAAAAGAAAAAAAUAUUAGAAUGCGGACGACAUUUGUUACUUUCUCAAACGGAAAAUACAAAUACUAGAAUUCCAUCGAUUGGAAAUUACGAAAGAGAUGAAAGAAAAAUUAAAAUCCAAAGAGUUUCUUCUAGUCACGUCGUCGUUUACGACGAAUGCAACAAAGAAAACAUGGAAUUAGUAGACGAUCAAGAGAAUUUAGUAAGAGUUAUACAACCUCAUUGUCAAGUAGUAAUUAAAUGUACGAGAGAAAUAGCAGGAUUUAACGGUUUAUCGGAUGCGUUCAAAAGACUCGAUUUCAGGAACGCCGUUCACGACGUUCGUCGUUUCAAUUACAUUUGUAAACUUUUAGACCUCUUGAUAACGCACAAGUUGAGCAUGUUAUCAGGAUGCGCGCAAAAGGUUUUGUUCAACAUGUUGGAAGAGGUCGCGUAUCAGGUGUCGAUAAGUCAGCAAAAUAUUCACAUGUUGAAUAAAUUGUUAAAUCAACUCAGGGUCAUGAUAGAUUGCGCAUGUUGGGGAAGACCACUCGGAAGCACACUCCUUUGGGAAUCUCAUUUGAGAACCAUCAAUAGAAUAUUGACCAUAGCAAACGGUAUCGUUAUAAACGAGCCCGGUGAUGACGUUUAUCCAAAAAUAGAAAAUCUACCGGAGGAAUGCAUACGUGAAAUAUUAUUAAGAUUAGCGGAUCACAAAGAUUUGGAAAGUUCUAGAAAAGCGUAUUCGGUCAUGUCGAAACUCGUGAACGAACAAAGGAUUUGGAGAGAACUUUGUCAAUUUCAUUUUACUCAACAGCAAAUAAAUUCACUCGAAACGGGAACAACGGUGGAGCGGGAUGGGAAAAAUGACGUGGAAGGAGGUCAAAAAAAUUGGCAAAAUAUUUAUCACAAGUUAAGAAAGUCUUACGGUUUGAGAGAAGAAUAUGCGGAAAUGAUUCAAUUGUGUAGAAAUUGUAAUUGUUUGUUCUGGAAAAGCAUAGGACAUCCUUGCAUCGCAGAUCAAAAUCCAGGAUUCCAGGAAAAGUUAGAAGAUGUUGAUAAAAGUUCCUUACACAUUCCGAUACCUCCCCAAGCUUUUCUUAAAUUUUUUUCACUAUGA